AGAAGUUUUAUUAAUUGAGCCUGGGUCACCGCUGCAUUGGAGCCACAUGUGUUUUAGAUAUAUGUGGCAAGAGCGAGAGGACCGUCAUGACGGGGGAGCCGGAGGAGGGCUGAAUUCUGCAGCUUGUGCUUUUGAUAGAAUGAGGGAGUGGAGGGUGAUUUGGGGAGUGAGAAAGGGGGAAAAAACGGAGGGAGUGCAUGACAUUCUUAGUGCAUCUGGGCAAAAUGAGCAGUCAGCGAGUGAGCAUGUAGAACAGAAAGAGGAAGGAGAUCAUUGAAAGAGAGCACAGGAAAGGACGACAGAAAUAAUUUUUGUAGUAAAAUGGGAAGGAAAGGAAAGAGAAGCAAGUAAGAGGCAGAGGAAAAUGAAGAGAGAGCAAACCAGGAACGUAGUCUUGGCUUGCUGUGAAGUGUUAGGAAGGAUGGAGGGAGGAAUGGAAAGAAGGUGAAUGAGAUUAAACAAUGGAGAACGAGAAACCAAACCAUAACGGCAAGAGUGACGACCGACUGUGGAAAAGAAGAAGCAAAACUAGGAAGAGAGACAUCAAUUAAUCAUAUCCUGGACCUGCAAAUGCAAGAAUCGCUCAUUGACGUCCCCAGAAGGGGGCCCAGAAGUGUGUGAAUGUGGGAGAAUCAGGUGGUGUGGUGGGACAGCUAAGAUCCCUUCUGGAUGAGUGACACUCUCACACACACCCUCCCACACACAAACACGAGCUCCCUCACGGAGGAUCCAAUGCAGCUGCGAGAUCCAAGCGCUUCUGAGGAUAUGAAGAUGGAUCCUGUUCAGAAGGCAGUGAUCAACCACACCUUUGGAGUCCCACUGGUGAAGACCAAACGGCCAAUCAUUUCCUGUAAUGUCUGCCAGAUCCGAUUCAACUCUGAGAGUCAGGCAGAAGCCCACUACAAGGGGAACCGUCAUGCUAGAAGAGUCAAAGGCAUUGAGACCUCCAAGAGCCGCCCACAAGAGAGUGACAAACCUCCUCCCAGACCCGUCUCGUCACCCUCACCUACGGGACCCUUACCGGCCAUCUCUGAUACUGACCCCAGCAAAACAGAUGAGACACAGUCAGCGCCACAGUUAAAUGGAUCUGCGGUGACCCCAGGGCCCGUGGCCAUUUCUGCUCCCCCUACCCCAGAAUCCCCCGGUCCUUCUGCCUGUCCUCUUCUGCCCACCCCCACUACCCCUCAACCACCUCCGGCCACCUCCUCAUCUCCUGGCUGUGGCUCUUCUAACCCAGAGCAGACUGGCACCGGGUCCCCUGGGGCACCAUCAGUCACUCCCAGCAACCCUGAGACCGAAGAGGACAAAGCCAAGAAGCUGCUUUACUGCUCACUGUGCAAAGUGGCCGUCAAUUCGCUCUCCCAGCUGGAGGCCCACAAUAAAGGCACUAAACACAAAACCAUUCUGGAAGCCCGCAGCGGACUGGGCCCCAUUAAGGCAUACCCUCGUUUGGGUCCGAUGCCCAGCGGGGAGCAGGGAGGCGGGGCCACAGACCCCAAUACUCAGGAACGCACCUUCCACUGUGAGAUCUGCAACGUGCGGGUCAACUCAGAACUGCAGCUUAAACAGCACAUAUCAAGUCGAAGGCAUCGGGACGGUGUGGCAGGAAAGCCAAACCCCCUCCUGAGCCGACACAAGAAGCUCAGGGGAGCUGACCUUGCGGAUCUCACCAAAGCGUUAGGCGCCGGCCUCUUGCCGAGUCCUCUGGCCGUUGCUGCAGCAAUGGCAGCAGCCGCCUCCUCCAAUCCGCUGGCUCUCCGCGCAGCAGCCCCCACCCACCAUCCACAUCAUCACCUCCUGCAGGGUCCGCCCCUCAGCCACGCCAUCUUGAGACCAGCUCCGGGGCCCAUACGCACCUCACAUGGGUCUAUUCUGUUCUCACCGUACUGACCCCCCCCCCAGCCAAUCACAGCCAGUCUGGAGCCUCACCUCCAAAAGCACACUGUGAAGACGAAAAAAUUGUGAAACACCACAGCAAUGACAAGAAUCGGCCCAUCAACAAUAACGUCAAUCAUUAAAUCGAGCAGAAGGGGGCGCAUCCAUGAAGGAGGGUGCGACUGGCGUUCCAACCUUCUUUCCAUCUCCUUUAACUGCCUCCUCCAUCUCUGUUUGUUCGGAUCGAGUGAUUUAUGAAAGGUCAAAUGCAGGGAUUGUUGGAAUAGAGCAAUACUGUAAGCUGAGUGCAUCUGACGUCCUUGUACUUUCCCUCUAUUUAUACUCAUACUGUGAGGUAGCAGCAGUCACAUGGUAGCCAGACAUGCUGGAAUGAGUUAGGCAACUUUCUAGACACCCAAAACACACAAACCAACACACAAAGACUACAGUUAAAUGUUGUUUUGGAAAAAAAAGCACCCUUAACCCUAUGCACUUUGAGAAACCAUCAGUAUGCUUCUCAAAGUAUUCGCUGUAUUCAACUUGUCCUGUCUGGCUUUGGCAUCUUUGCAAGAGGAAAUCGCCUCAAUCUCCAUUGCAAUUCCACCACGUCAAGACUCAGAGCAGGGGAUUGUGGAGAAGGUCUAAGGAUGCCCGACACUUUCCGAAUGCUGGCUCGAAUUGAGAAGCUUAGACGGCAGCGGCGAAAAGCCCGACUUCAUACAAUCGAAUUUCUCUAGGGAAACGGAGGGAUUCAGAAGAGAUACUCAAGAUUUCUUUUGUGUCACUUUUACAUCCGUUAGCGCUAGGAGCGGUUGACUGAAAAACCCCAGACCCCUGUCUUAGAUCUUAGAAAACCAGUAGAUGUCUAUUUAUUCUAUUGUGUAGCGUAGUUUAGUUCAGAUCAUCCAAGCUGGUUGACUUUAGAAAAUAUUCAGAAGUGAAAUAUGUACGUAGAGGAUUAUGUAACUGCUGAUAGAUCCUGAAAUGACAUGGACGGGUACUUUGAUUCUCAGAGAAAGGCAACAAACCUAAGCACACUCUUGGACUUACAG